GACAAGAUUUCCAUAUUGGCUGUGGCAAGUGUUGGUUCGAGUGAAUGACUGAGUGAUAUCUUGUAAACUGGAUAGACUCUAGCAUGUACCAAAUACAAUUCAUUCGAGAAAGUGUUCCGUGCUCGGCAGCAGUUCGAAUAAAGACUUUAAAAGUUGAGAAAUUUUGUAAAGUUUAGUAACUUUCGAAAAUCAAAGCCGAUUGCGGCUAGGAAGCCUAGUGAAGUGAGGUGAAGUGAAGAUAUAUUGACUUAGCACGUGUAAGUUUAUCCUUGGGGGCUAUAUUGCUAUAGCCUAUAUCAAAGCCUUUUUUUUCAAUGUUACAGGAACAAAAUGACUAAUCAUGACACAGAUCGCAAAGGAAGCUAUAUACCUGCGAAUCAGAAGGAUGUUGAAGGAUGCGAGCUCUUCGAAAUAAUUUCCACCAAAAGAGGAAUAUGGAAUCAGAUAAUAUUGUCGGGAGCUGUGCUGAUUGUGGCGGCCGGGUGUGGAAUGCCAAUCGGUUACUCAGCCGUGCUACUUCCUCAACUGUACAACACUUCUGACCUCUUACAGAUGGACGUGCAAAUGGGCUCGUGGUUUGCCAGCAUCCACAGUCUUGCCACUCCUUUUGGCUCUUUAGUGUCAGGUUGGGCAGCUGAUAGGGUCGGGCGCAGAACAGCACUACUGAUAGCAUCAAUACCGAUUCUAGCAGGUUGGACCACAUUAGCCACCGCUCAAUCACAUGCUUUGCUAUUAAUAGGAAGAGUUGUAGCAGGAAUAGGAGUAGGAUUAGUUGGAGCCCCCGCACAGAUACUUAUUGCCGAAAUCGCGUUGCCUCGUAUAAGGGGUAUGCUGAUAGGAGCACCCUUCAUCUCUUACUCAAUGGGAAUCCUUCUUGUUUACACGCUUGGAUCUCAGCUUCAUUGGCGUCUCGUGGCGUGGCUUAGUACAGUAUUGCCCAUUCUAGGAACGAUAGCAUUAUUUUUCACACCUGAAAGUCCAACGUGGCUGGCUAGAAAAGGAUUACUGGAAAAAGCAACUUCAGCCUUGACGUGGCUGAGAGGUGAAGAACUUCUAGCUAAACGUGAACUGGACGAAAUAUUGCGAAGAUUAAAAGAAGAGAAAACUUUAGAAAAGUCUAAGGAACCUAUAGGAAGCCCUAUCCUAAAAUCGUUGAUAAUCAUCAAUGCAUUCAACUUUCUGCAAAUUUUGUCCGGAACUUUCCUUGUGGUAUUCUACGCGGUUGAUAUAAUUUCCGAGAUAGGCGCUCAUUUUGACAACAUGACAGCAGCUAUCAUGACGGCGGUGGUACGACUAGGAGUCACAGUAAUCUUUUGUAUUCUGCUCUUUGUCAUGCGAAGACGAUCGAUGGUUCUCCUGUCUGGUUUAGGAUCAGGAGUCAGUGCCCUAGCUCUAGGAUUUUAUUUGCUAUUCCAAACGGAUAAGACAAGAACAAGCGUCAACACUUGGAUAACGGCAGGUUGCAUAUUUUUGUACAUCGCCUUCAAUACCGGUUUCAUGAUCCUACCAGGUAUCAUGGUUGGAGAACUUCUGCCAGCGAAGAUCAGAGGGAGUGUUAGCGGUUACGUGUUUGCAGCAUUUAACAUUAUACUUUUCGGAGUGACUAAAGUGUUCCCCUAUUUACAAAUUACCCUGAAAACGUAUGGACUUUUUAUAAUGUUUGGUACGGCAAGUUUCAUUGCUUCUUUGUUAAUGUAUUUGAUGCUGCCCGAGACAAAGAAUUUAACUUUAGGACAAAUAGAGGAUCAUUUUAGGAGCAGUAGUUGGUUGUGGAUCACUAGAAAAUCGCGUUUGAAGUCAUAAAAGUGUGAUAACUGAUAGGAAAAUAAUUAUAAUAUUUUUUAGGUAAAUAUUGUAAGUUUGAAAUAUAUAUUUCAACUUGUCCAAA